AUGAUAUAUCUCUGUGAUUUUCAGUCUAUCACUCAUUUUUUAAAAAUCGGUCUUCUCUAUCUAUCUAUCUAUCUAUCUAUCUAUCUAUCUAUCUAUCUAUCUAUCGCCAUUUUUCUAUCAUUUUACCGUAAGCAACUUUUGAUUGUUUUUUUUUUCUCCUCUUUUAAUACGCAUCAUUUGGUCCGUUCAGUUCACAAGAAAGCUAAAUAUCGUAUUUUCACUUUUCUUCCUUUCUUUUUUCUAUUUCUUUCUUUCUUUCUUUCUUUCUUUCAUUCUGUAUCUUUCUUUCUUUCUUUUUUUCUUUCUCUUUCUUUAUAUCUUUAUCUUUCUUUCUUUUAUUCUGUAUCUUUCUUUAUCUUUCUUUCAUUCUGUAUCUUUCUUUCUUUCUUUUUUUCUUUCUCUUUCUUUAUAUCUUUAUCUUUCUUUCUUUUAUUCUGUAUCUUUCUUUAUCUUUCUUUCUUUCUUUCUUUAUUUAUUUAUUUCUCUUUCUUCUUUCUUUAUCUUUCUUUCAUUCUGUAUCUUUCUUUCUUUCUUUUUUCUUUCUCUUUCUUUUUUCUUUCUUUAUUUUUCUUUCUUUCUGUAUCAUUCUUUAUUUUUAUUUAUCUAUUCAUUUCUCUUUUUCUUUCUUUCUUUCUUUCUUUCUUUCUUUCUUUCUGUAUCUUUCUUUCUCUCUCUCUUUAUCUUUCUUUCUUUCUUUCUUUUUUCUUUCUCUUUCUUUUCUCCUUCUUUGUCUGUUUGUUUGUUUCUUUCUUUCUUUAUCUUUCUUUCUUUCUUUCUUUAUCUUUCUUUCUUUCUUUCUUUCAACCCAAUACUGUGUAUUUCAAUUUUUCCCAUCUAUCUAUCUAUCUAUCUAUCUAUCUAUCUAUCUAUCUAUCUAUCUAUCUUGUUGCAUUUAAUCUAUAUAUCUAUCUUGUUGCAUUUAAUAUAUCUUGUAUUUAUUUAAUAUAUCUAUCUAUCUAUCUAUCUAUCUAUCUUGUUGCAUUUAAUCUAUAUAUCUAUCUUGCUGCAUUUAAUAUAUCUUGUUUCCAUACAAUAUUCGCCACAGACAUCGCUCGCGCACACACAUGGAUUUUUCUCUCUCUUCCUAUCCAUCUAUCUCUAUACCUCUCACGCACACACACAUACAAACUUGCGCGUCUACGCACUCAUAAAUCUACUUACAUUAGCAAAACGUUUCCCUCUUCCCCACCUAUUUGCAUUUACCCCCAACGACCAUUCUUCUCAGUCUAUCAUUCAUCUUGA